AUGGCUAUUUCAUUCAAUUACCAGAAUAACGAAAUUGUCUCAUCACCAACAGUAAUUGUUUCAGGCUCUACAUCAACCGGACUUGCUAAAGGUGUUAUUUCAUUUGUUAACAACGAUAACAAAGUAUUUCCUCCACAAUAUUUUGAAGUUAAUAAUGGCCAGUUUAAGGCAAUUGUUCAUGUAUCACCUAACGAGAAUAAUGUUUUUAAGGUUGAAAUUCUGGAUAAUGGAUAUAUCAACCAAUUUGGAUUUGUUGAGUAUGCAAAAGGUCAACCUCAUAUAGUUGAUCGUGGUGAAUUAACAUUGUUGUUCUAUCCAUUACCAAACAAUAAACCAGUACAUUUAUGUAUCAUCCGUGGGAAAGAUUCUAAUAAUACUUAUGAUAUGCCACAUUAUAGAUUAAAAAGAGGCGAAGCACCUACACUUGAAAAUGCUAUCAAGAAAUUGAAAGUUGCUGGAAGAUUAAUGCAAGCGUAUACUCAAGAUGAAAUGAGAUCCGUCGGUUUCAGUAAUAGAUCAUUUCAAUUUGUUGAAGAAACUGUACAUGAUCAAUCGAUUUUUGGUUACAAGGUCAAUUCACCAACUCCACAUCAGGAAGUGAAAGUUCACGUGUUGACUUCCCCCAAAACAGUUGCCGAAUUAAGAAGUCCAGAUUUGGCCCAGCAAAACCCAAAAGCAAAGGAUAGCGGUGGUUUAUUUGGUCACGCAAUGGACUUGGUCAGAAAAACUCCUGAAAUUUAUAAUAAGCGUAAUGGUACUGCAGUUCAAUGUGCUUGUAUCUAUAUUGAUUCAACAUGGCAAAACAACUUGAUCCUUACCCAUGCUGCUUUGGGAGGUGGUGGUGAUGACAUCAAAAUGGCUAUUUUUGGAUCUCACGGAUUACAUUCAUUCCCACAGAACUUCCCAUUGGUUACGCCAUCAUUCCUUGAUGCCACGCACUUGUCUAUCAACGAAGUUGCAAACGAUUGUAAUCAAUGUGGUACAUCUUGGGAAUGUUUGAAUAUUUGUCUCGGUGCAUUUAUGCAUGAAAUUGGGCAUUCCUUAGGUUGUCCCCAUCAAGUAGAUGGUGUCAUGUUGCGUGAUUAUAUUUGGUUUAACAGAUCGUUCAUGACUAGAGAAAAUGAAUGUUUGAGAAGAAAAACACGCGGAGAAGCUAUUGCCACCAAUGGAACUUGGCCAAAAGUAUGUCAUUGGAAUAGAUUAGAUUUGCUUAGAUUUUUGUUUCACGACUCGUUUGCUUUACCUAUAGAUAGAUUUGGUAAAAACUUCAGUACCACAAUUGAACCAAAUGACAAAUACCAAGAUAACUCAGCUCCUAGUCUGUAUGCUUUACCACUGAAUGGUUCACUUGUCAAGUCUAGUUGUGGGAUUUUCAUGGUUGAGGUAAUUUGGGAUGGACUUGCCAGGUAUCAUAAAGAAUUUUUGCCUCAAGAAUAUGGUGGUCCCGGUUUGCAACAUUCUCUUGAUCUUGAAUUUGAAGAUUUGUACAAUGGCUUAAGAAGUCGUAAAGGAGACGCCAAGGACAGUUUUAAUAUUAGAGUUUUAUCCCUUGGAGGUGAUUUAAACAUAAAUAAUUUUAAAGAGCAUUGCUCCCGCCAACAUCAGCAAGUAAUUGAAAGUGAUUUCGGGUUAGGCAGGGGCAAAUUAACAGGAUUUAAGAGUGCAUGUUUAGGUCGUACUGAUAAUUUAAAAAUGGAAUAUGUCGGUUUUGAUCUUAGAACAGUAUAUAAAAUCAGAAUUUACCAUGGUAUGGCAUUAGAUGGUUUUAAAUUGCACUAUAGAACCGGUGGCUCCUGCAGUAAUGGUGCACCACCAGUACCAAAAAGAGACUAUUUAUCCAAAUUAUUUCACGGUGGUUCUCACGAACAACAGAAACAACAACUCCAUGGCGGUGAAGAAAGAACAGCAUUGGUGGGGAAAGAAACGCCAAAUUAUUCUGAUUUUGAAUUGCAACCAAAUGAGUAUAUAACUUCGUUCAAUUUUAGAAAUGGUGGUUGGAUUGAUGCUAUUCAGUUUGCAACCAGUACUGGAAGAUUUUCACCGAUGUUUGGUAAAGCUUCAGGUGGACACUUAUCAACAUUAGAACCUCCAAGCCAGGACUUUGAUAUCGUAGGCUUCUACUUUUAUUUAAAUAAAUGGUUGAGAGGAGUAGGUAUUAUAUAUAGUUCAAAAAAUUAA